UAUCAUUUGGAACCGUAUUUUGAACUGCAAAGUUCCACCUAUAUCAAUUUUGUUUUAAUAAUCGCACCGUAUUAUUAAUUUUGCUAUAUUAGAUAUAAUCACUGCACACAGUAUUUUUUCUAUGUUUGUCUAACUCAUAAUCGCACUCGCUUGACGUAAUUAAUUUCCAAGCCAAAAAAAUAUCCAGAAUGCAAAUAUGUCAGCAAUAAUGAACUUACUUAACAUCCCUCUCUCUUAACAAUAGCUAUAAAAAUCAAAAUAGCAGAAUUAGAAAAGACGAGAAAUACGACUUAUCGUAUUCUUCAUGUAAUUAUACAUAUUUAGCACAAUACUGAUUAAAUUGCAGUACAAGAUGCUGCUUACCGCUAUUUGGAAGGAUUGGUCAACCGAUAGACUGAUCGAUGAAUCUGACAUUAUGGUCGAGUACGCCAAAAGGGGAGCCUUUUUUUCUCGGUUGUACUGCGGACUUGGCGUUUUCUGUUCCAUAAGUUUUAUUCAACUAUCUCUAUCGCCAUAUAUUUUAGACAUUAUUUCACCGAAUAACGAAACGCGAGAUUUAAUAUACAUUUAUCCAGCUUAUUAUUAUAUCGAUGACCGGAAGUACCGUAUGUUUAUAAGUGUUCAUAUGACAUAUACGGUUAUUUCAACAUUUUUUGUAUAUGUCGGCUGUGAUGCGAGUUAUAUAUAUAUGGUGCAACACGCCUGUGGACAAUUAGCGGUGGCUGGGCAUCGUUUCAAGAAUGCGCUUUCAGAUUUGUCUAUCGACAAUGAAAAGGGUGGCAUGCAGGAUAAGAGUUAUGAGAGAGUGCUGCAUUCGAUUCGAGAACACCAAUAUGCUACAAAGUCAGUACUGAAAUUGGAAAAACAUUAGUUGCCGCCAUUCUCUUGUUAGCUUAUUUCAUUUAUUUAGCUUGUUUUUCUUCAAAGACAUUAACAACAACUAUGUUUUUGAAAAAAGGUUGUGCCUUACCGUUUGGUGUUAAUGUUGGUAGGAAUAAAUAAUUUUGCUUGUUUCACAAAAAUAUAUAAUUCGAACACCAUGGUGUAAUGUAUCUCCUUAGUUGACGAUAAG